AGAGUGAAUGCAACAGCAGUUUUCUGCUCUCAGAAGCAUUUGCAUCAAGGCCAGGAGAUUAAACGUGUGGGUUGGGAACUGCGGAGAGUGUGUUGUCUCGCUUGGGGCUCCCGGUGCCAGAGUUCCAGCUUUCAUCGCACAGGGUGAAAGAUUUUUCCUGGACAACUCCGUCUAUGUGGCUACAGGCUUCAUGUUCAGCUUUUUAGUGCUGGUGUGCAGCUGCCUGCUGCAGAGCGAACUUGUGGCCACAGAGGGGCACCGUGGGCCCAAACGCCAUGUCUUCUAUGCAGUUCACAUAGAUGGAGGCAGCAAAGCCGCCAGAGCUUUGGCUGAGCAGCACAAGCUGGAGUUCAUACAGCGGGUUGGCAGCCUCAAAGGUCUUUACACCCUGAAAGACAGCAGGGGGCGCUCAAACAGAACCUGCUUUGAGGAUGGACUUGCUUCUGCAGUGGGGGUUCACUGGGUUCAGAGGCAGUACUGUCAUUACAGAGAAAAGAGGGAUCUUCUGAGGGGACUGAAGCUCAGGACUGCACACAGCUCCCAGAGGACAGAGUCUGCAGCUGACAACCCGCCUGAGGAGAGCAAGAGUGACCAGACCCUCACCUUCAACGACCCGCUUUGGCCCUUGCAGUGGGAACUGUUUGCGCAGGGCGAGUUCAACUUCAGCAGAUUUGACCUAAAUGUGAUGCCAGUUUGGAAGAACAACAUUACUGGAAAUGGUGUCGUGGUCAGCAUCAUCGAUGAUGGAGUUGAUCACACAAACAAAGACCUAAGGAAAAACUUUGAGGUCUUCGCCAGUUUUGACUUGCUUGCCUCUCACGGUUUGUCUCACGAUCCCAUGCCCAUCAAAGAUGAGGAAAACAGUCAUGGAACCCGGUGUGCAGGCGAGGUUUCCAUGGAAGCCAACAACUCUUACUGUGGUGUUGGCAUUGCCUUUAAUGCUAAGAUCGGAGGAAUCCGCUUGUUGGAUGGGCCUGUCACAGAUGCCAUGGAGGCCUCAGCCCUGACCUACAACAUUCACUUCAUCGACAUCUACGUCUGCAGCUGGGGCCCGAGGGACAACGGGGCGGAGAUGGAUGGCCCUCACUACUUGACAGAGCAAGCCCUGCGGCUAGGAACUCGCAAGGGCCGUGUUGGGAAGGGCAGCAUCUUUGUCUGGGCUGCAGGCAAUGGGGGAAUGUACGACGACCACUGUGGUGCAGACGGUUACAUCAACUCCAUAUACACCAUUUCCAUCGGAGCUAUCACUCAGAGUGGAAAGCCCGCCUUUUUCGGUGAACCAUGUGCAGGAGUGAUGGCUGUCACUCCAACAGGCAGUGGCUAUGGAGACUAUCAGCCUCUGGUAACUCUGACCACCACAGGUGAUGGCUGUGUGACCCACUUUCCAGGAACUUCCAGUGCUGCUCCGAUUGCUGCUGGGAUUCUGGCUCUUGCCUUAGAAGUAAAUCCUGCAUUGACAUGGAGGGACGUUCAGCAUCUGAUCGCCAACACAGCAAAGAUCCCCGACCCUGAAGAGCCUGGCUGGAGUAUCAAUGCAGCAGGAUACCACGUUCACCACAGGUAUGGCUUUGGAGUUUUGGAUGCUGGGUUGUUGGUGCAGCAGGCGGCACUCUUCCAAAAGGUUGGACGGCAAAGGACGUGCACACAAGAAGUUGCAUUCGACUCACCCAGAAUCUUCUCUCCUGGAGACAGUGUUACGUUGAGGAUUCACUCAGAUGGCUGUCAGUGGACAUCCAACGAGAUCAGCUCUCUGGAGCAUGUGCAGGUGAGACUGGGUGUUUCCGCCAGGUGUCGUGGUGACCUCUCUGUAAGUCUGGAGUCUCCAGGCGGCACAGUGUCCAUGCUGUUGGAUUCGCGGCCUAAUGAUGCCUCCACUGCUGGCCUGAAGAACUGGACGCUGAUGACGGUGCACUGCUGGGGGGAGCAGCCACGAGGCCACUGGACGCUCAAGGUGACCGACCACAAAGGCGAAGUGUGGAGAUGCACGAGGCAGCAUGAAGAGGAGCCUGCUGGAGCUUUACUCACUGCCACCCUCAUUCUGUACGGCACCUACCACUCACACCAGAGCUCGCCUGAGGGCCCCCUGUAUAGCAUUGUAUCCAUGGGGUCCCGCCACCCCAUCCCCGGCGGUGGGUUGCACCGGAGGGCCCGCCCCCCACCUCUGGAUCUGCUUCACUGGGUCUACCAAAUGGAAAGAGAUAGGAAAGUGCGGGCUGCUGACAUCAUCGUUCCAGCCAGACAUGAGAAGCUGGAGACUCCUGCUGAUAGAACGGCUAACUUCCUCAAACUUCUGACAUCAAGGGAAGCAUUAAAGCUUCAUUCGGCAUGUCUUCUACAGAGGUCCUCCGCGAGAUCAAGUCCUGCCGCUGGAGAACUUCCUGAGCAAGGACUGUCAAGAAGGGUGUGAAAGGGGAAAGUGCAUCCUUACCAUCUUGUCUUCUCAGGGAGGGUAUUGCGCUGAUGAAAAAACAACUGUCGGACUCUUCAGUGGAGCUGGAUGAAGGGGCUGUGAGCAGAGAGGCAGUGGGGGGAGCUGAAAGCACAAACAUGAACCACAGUUAAAUAAAGACGCUUGUUUCCCUCAGUGCAGCAAGCCAAUUGAUCACAAAUCAAUCUGUGUACUGUAUUUCAGCCGUUUGGCCUGUGUCGAUGGAGAUUAUUUAUUGUGGAUUCCCAGCCUCUUUACAACGCCAUCUUUCUCACACCUACAGAAACACAUCAAUCUUUUCCCCAAAACAAAUCAGGAGCAGGUCUCAUCUUCUUUCCUCGUUUGCCUUCUGAAAGUUGCAGAGAUUAGUGAACGAUAUGUUUGUCUUUUUCCACUUCAAUGAAGGGUGAAUUCAGCUCAGUGCAAUAAGAAAUGGAUUACCCAUUCAUUAGGGAGGCUGUGUCACUCCUCAUUGAGUUGGACAAAUAACAAAUUAAUUCCUAGCCGCCUAAUUUCUUUCUGUUCUCCACAGAAUAUUCCAUGACAUCGAAUUACCGAUCGCAGCUCCCUAAACUUUCUCCUCAAUUCAUUAAAAAUUAGGAAGGAAAUGCGACUGCUUUGCCAACGCAUGACAGAAUCCAAAAGUAAAGUGUUAAUAUUAUAGGAUUUUGUUAGUUACAGAAAGUUUUCUUUUUGACUUUCUCAGAAUCCGCCAAAACUUUGAGAUUAGACAUCAAAGAUACUGAGGUUGUGUUUUUUUUUCCCAGUCAAGUGCAGGUCUGUUGGUGGAUGGGUUUGUAAAGAAACAGUGGUGUAUUGACAGGCCAGUAUUGAUGUUUCAAUUAGAGCAGCGUUACAUCGUGCUGCAGCACGGUAACAUGGUGCGUCUCCUGCCAUCUGCUCUGCCUCCACGUCUGACGAACGAGGCACGUGGGGCUAAUCGAGCCGCACAUGAGCGAUGGGACCGCAAAAUCUGUCUCUCACGCACACAGUCACACAUAUAUCUUAUGCACACGUCCUUAUGCAGAAAAAAAAAGGUAGAGGGGGAGGGAGGGGAAGGAGAGCUCCUCAGAAAGCCUGAUUCCUCCCCUGCUCCCUUCACAGGAGCAGCCAGCAGGUUAUUUCUCUGACAAGGAAUCCGGUUGAAGCUCCAGAUGCAUGAGAUGAAAUUCUUCAAAAGCCCGUGCGAUGGAAAGACAAAAAAGGAGACAGCUUCUGCCAGGUUUUCUUGUGCUGGGAUGGCCUCAAAUCACUGUGCUUUAUGCCUGGCAUAACUGCCUGCCAAACCACACGAAUCAAAGACCUCAUUGUGUGGAUUACCUCGUUAAUCUACUGAUGCCAUUGAGCAGUAUUGCAGGUGUUAAUGUGCCAGGUUUUUUUUCUCUUCUUUUAUUGGGGAGGUGUACCAUCAGGUUCGUAAUCUGCUUUAAAUGCUUUCUGGGGAGUGCCACACUGACACUCUGCCAAGAGAGCUGUGCUAUCGCGAAGAGCUCCUCGUCAAUGCAGCGCGCAGAGGGGAUGGGCUGACUCAGGCUGCGGCGCCGAUGCCAGUGGGACUGAACCACUGAGCCACACACCACUUGUUGAAAUGUAUGACUGCAUGAAUAAUGAAAGAGGAAGAGGGAAGUGAUAUUGCUGGAGCGGUCCCACAAUGACAUCCAUCACAGAGGUGCCUCAUCUCUCUUCUUCCUCUGUUUCCUGCUCAAACUCUGAGCCUCCGCGCCUCUGUACCUGCCGCAGCUGAUAGACUGCAGAGGUGAACUCUAAACCAGAAUGAGAUAAAGAGGAAAAGAGAGGGACGGACAGAAAGAGAGGUAAUCCUUGCUUUUUUUUCCUGCUCCCUGGGGUGGUCUCUUCAUCCAGGGCCUCAAAGGGGGACAGAACACACCCCCCUCCUACAAUGGAGGGGGACACGCAGGGGCUGUUGCUAUUUGAGUGUGUGUGUGUGUGAGCGUGUAGUGGGGGUGCAGCUUUAAGCAGGCCUUUGAGUGGCCUAAUUGCGUUGGAAUACAGCAGCCUGAGAGCUGGCUCAGAUCACGGCGGGCUGCUGGAGGGGUUAGCGCCUGCACCUCGACAGCCACACUCAGCAAAAGAGCCCCGGCACAAAGCACACAAUUAAUGCUCUCCCUCUCGUUAACUCUCUCCCCACUUUUUGUCCUCUCCUACUUUUCUGUCAUUCUCUCCCUCUCAUCACCCCCCCUCGCCAUAUCUCGGUCCCCUCUCCGUCUCUUGUUCCUCCCUCCCUCCUGCCACACCGGCUCACUGUUUCGUCACUCGCCCACUGUAUUAAUCCUCCCAUGCAGCCUGUCAAUCUCCCCAUCUUUGAUGCACACAACAAUUGCAGAGAGAAUGAAAGGCGUGGGUCAGCCGCCUCUAUUAUGUAAGACCUGAAGCAGGCCAGCAUGAGAACUACUGAUAUCUCGCAGCUAAUCUGAGAUAAAAUCCUUUAAGUGAUGCAUGCUUCUGCAUAUGUUUCACUUUGAAAUUAAAAUUAAAAACUCUAGAAGCAGAAAAUACUUGAUUAUUUGUGACGACUGCGAUUUAAAAGUUUCAUUUUCACCUUUGUUUUCCUUCCUGAAUAUUGCAGUACAUGUUGUUAUUUUCUCUGCUUACGUGGCAGCAGCUCAGCUAGGGUUUUAUAUGUUUGCAGGUCCUUCACAUCACUGAGAAGUCAAUGCAUCAUCCUUCAGAUUAACUUCCAGAAAAACGGGCUGCAGUUGUAUUUUCUUGUAUUUUGGGGUCAGCAGCAGAUGGAUGGCAUGGGUUAAUGGAUCUCUGCAGCUCUGAUCACACCCCUCUAGCUGUUUUUUUGAUGAAACUGGACUCCGCAUGUGGAACAAUAAGCGGUUUUAAAAAACAUAUUUCAUCAGCCCGUCGUUUGAUUUUCUCAAUUACCCAAACCAUGUCUUGAUAAAAUCUAAUCAUUUCCGCUCACAGGACGCUUCCUGGUGAGAAAUUGGCAGUGGGAUGUGAGCUGAUGUAUGGGCAGACAGUCGCCUAAUUAGAGUGUUAGAAAUUGAAUCUUUACAGCACAUGGGUCAUAUAAUUAUCCUACUGUUAAUUUAACGGUUACAUUCUCUACUGUUCAUUUUUAUUCCCUUAAAUGCAGUUUGGCAGCAGGCCUCGUUGCUCAGCACCGGCUCUCCGUGUAUGAGGGGAGGCAGCGUGGCCCCUAUCAUUGGCCCCUCCGAGUGAUUGAAUAACUGCAGACCCUGCAGUCCAAAUAACAAGGCUCGCAUCAUUUAUGCAUUGUUAAGCCAUGUAAUUGAAGCGAGCCAUAGUUUGCAUAUUACACCAUUAAAAUAAUGUGCUUUGCGUUUCUCCCAACACGACUAUUUAAGUCUGUGUGGCGAUGUGGUAAUGCCUUGAAUUACAGCCUAAUUACCACAAUGUUCUUUUGAUUUGGCUGAAUUCAAUGUUACGCCACAAUAAUGUUCAGAAUUACCAAAAUGAAUUACCGAGCCGUGCUUGAAACUUUUUAUGGGAAGACUUAAAUCCUGGUGGCUCCAUGCACCGCCAGAGCAGCUGCAUUCAAAUCUAUAAAGGAUUAUUAGCUGCAGGAAUGAGAUCCAUUAAAGACCCAAUCACUAAUACUUUGUUGAAGAGCUUGAGUUAUACAUGGAAUAUAAUCAUUUUACAUUUCUCACUUGAUCAUCAUCGCCUCUUUUAAUCUGGUGUGUGCAAGUAUCGCUGAUGCAAACAGAAUUCAUCUUUGCAUUUAAGUUUUGACUAUGUAUUAUGGGUAACAAUCAUUUCCAAUAACACAUUCAUCUUUUUUGUGAUCAUUUUAGCAAACAAUACUUUUAAAAAGUCAUUGUUUAUUAUUUUAUAUUUGUUUUGUCCCAUUAGAGACUAAUUAUGCUUAUUUCAGUCAACAAAGCAGCUUCAAAGCAAAAAGAAAAAAAGAUGGGUUAAAACGUGAAUCUGCAUAUGAAUGAAAGGUCAAACUGAGGUCGUAGAGUUUUAGCAGCUAUUGUUUGUGCUGUAUUACACGCGUGUUUGCAGUCUGCGCGCUUCUACGUUCUGAUAAAAGUUGAGAUUAAAGAUUACACUUCUGUUUUUAAAAUAAAAAGGUUAAAUCUUCUCUCAUAAAAACAAACAUAAUGAGUUUGCUUUAUCUUUAUUCUAGCUCAUUUAUUAUGAGGCUUACCUUUAUUUUAAAAAAUGUAAACCGAGUGUCUCAAAGAGCAGUAAUUAGUGAAUUAAAUAUCGUUUCUUUCCACCACAAAACUUCCUAUCUGUGGAACCUGUGUUGCCUUUAUUUGCACUUUUGUGAUUUCUUUAAAACAUUAAAAACAGAUGCUGGAAGGAGUUUCUGUCAGAAAAUAAAGACAUUUUACAAGU